AUGGACACAGCCAUCAAUCUGUCCGAUGCCUCCAAGGCAUUGGACCUUGCCAACAUUCGUUUCCAGCUCAUUCGUCUGGAGGACACAAUCACCUUCCACUUGAUCGAGCGAGUCCAAUUCCCCCUCAACAAGACCAUCUACGUCCCCGGUGGUGUAAAGAUCCCAAACUGCGAACUGAGCCUAUCGGACUACCUCCUCCGCGAGCAAGAAAGGCUGCAAUCGCGUGUGCGUCGCUAUGAAUCCCCCGACGAGUACCCCUUCUUCCCCGAUGUGCUCGAGCAGCCCAUCCUCGCACCCCUGCAGUACCCGCACAUCCUGCACAAAAACGAUGUGAACGUCAACGACAUUAUCAAGACGCGCUACAUCAACGAGAUUUUGCCGGCUGUGUGCCCGAACCUUGGCCGUGAAGACCGCGGUGAGGCACAGGAGAACUAUGGAUCUGCUGCAACCUGUGAUGUUUCGUGCUUGCAGGCGCUGUCGCGACGAAUUCACUUUGGAAAGUUCGUCGCAGAGUCCAAGUUCCAGAAGGAUCCUGAGACUUUUGUGCGCUUGAUCAAGGCGGAAGAUCGCGCGGGCAUUGAUGCUGCGAUCACUGACGCGAAGGUGGAGCAAAAGGUGCUUGAGCGGUUGGGACUUAAGGCCAAGACUUAUGGCACAGAUCCUGCUUUCCCUGAGGAGAAGGGUCAGAAGAUCAAUAUUGAUGCAGUGGUCGCUAUGUAUAAGGAGUGUGUCAUCCCACUCACCAAGGUCGUUGAGGUGGAGUACCUCAUGCAGCGCCUCAAGGGAACUCAAUGGGAGUAG